ACACGUCGUCAUUAGACACAAGUCCAGAGGGAGCAAAGUUAUGGGGCUGAUUAGUUCUUCCCCCCGGGGGGACAUGAUUGUGACCAUCCUAUGCCGAUGGGAAUAGAGGGACGAGCUGUCAUGACAGACAUGAGCGCCGGGACGACGGAGAGGUGGGCGAAAUGGCAGUGGGGGGGUGUAUAAGAGGAGGAAGGAUUAGAGUUCAGAGUGGUGGAUGUUUGGAGGAACUUAGAGACAAUCUUCUCAGGUACCUGAUGAAAUAAGCCCAUGUGUAGCAGGAUGGGCACAUUUGUGACCCUGACGGAGGUGCUAGAGGCCCGGGGUUCACCCCUGGAAGAGGACGAAGUCUGGUGUCUGCUGCUGGCCACCGCUGAUGCCUUACUGGACAUCUCCAAAAAAGGUCCAGGUAAUAUGUGUACUGUGUUGAGCCCUGGCUCAAUGCUACUGUCAGCCAAUGGGAGCCUGGCCUUCAAGAGCUGCGCACGAAGUGAAGACGUGGCUUCUUACACAGCUCCCGAGGUCCAGCAGGGUCUCACUCCUUCCACCAGGGCUGCUGCUGAAAAGGUGGUAGUAUACUCACUGGGAAUGACUCUUUACUGGUGCGCCGAUUAUCACCUACCUCAGAAUCAGCCAGUCCAGAUAAGCACAGAGCUGGAGGGUUUGCUGCUGAGCAUGUGUGAGGACAUGGCGGUGAGGAGGACCGACCUGCUGACGGUGCUGGAGACCUGCGAGUUCCAUCACAAGUCCUCCAUGCUGCCAUCCCCAGAGCGCCUCAUCAGGCAGCUGGUAGAGGACGUCUACAGAAACUCAGCCGACCACGUGGCCAUGACCGAAAACGGAUCCCAGCUAACAGACCGCAGUCAGAUGGUCAGGGAUAGAUUACACAGAGGUUCUUUCAGUAACUCGACAUGGACCCUAAAAAAGAAGAUCCACAGAACCUUUUCAGGAACAUCGUAUCCAGCUGAUACUACAGGGAUUCCCUCGGGAGGUCGGCUCAGAGAAAGUUACCCCAGCUGGCAGCAUUUGAACCGUACCCCCUGCAGCCCAUACAUGGAUGGCAAUCGAACUACCAGUGCAAGAUCCCUCCCGCAGUUCGAGUCCGCAAUGAGUUUGAACGAUAAGAAAAUGAAAGACAUGGGGCCUGAGUUUCUCAGAGUUUUAGAGGAACCCCUUGUCGUUUUGGAACUACCUGGAUCCAUCCUGACAAAGAAAGGGAAAUCUCCAGCCACCCAUAGAGAGCUCAGUGUGGUGAUGCCAAAUGGUCAAAGCAUCCUGGUCAAGUGUGAAGUGAAAACCAGAGGAGGGGAUGUGUUUGACAUGAUCGUGGCUCAUGCAAACCUGGUGGAACACUUCUAUUUUGGCCUUGCAUAUAUAGAUGAUAAUGAGUUUUUCUUCGUUGAUAAUGACACCAAGAUUUCCAAAGUGGCUCCAGAUAGCUGGAAGAAAGUGCCUACAACAACUUUUGUCCUUUUCUUCAGGAUCAAAUUCUUCGUGAACAACAUUUCUCUUCUUUUGCACAAACAGACCCGUCACCAGUUCUACCUCCAGCUAAGGAGGGACCUUUUAGAAGACAGACUGUCCUGCCAUGAGGAGACUGCUCUGUAUCUGGGAGGUCUGGCCUUGCAGACAGAGUAUGGAGACUGCAUGCCUGAGGUGUACGGUAGAAACUACUACCGACCUGACCAGUACGUCUCCAAGAGUGUGAUGGAGAAACGUGCCUUGCCUUACGUUCAGGCAGAGCUGCUGAGACUUCAUGCCAAUAAUGCCCAAAUGCUCACAGAUGAAUCAGAGCUUGAAUUUCUGAAGAUUUGUCAGCAGUUGCCUGAAUACGGCGUCUUGUUCCACCGUGUGAUACGGGAGAAAAGGCCUUCGGACGGAGAGAUUGUUCUCGGAGUUUGUGCCAAAGGUGUCAUCGUCUACGAGGUUAAAGAUGGCUGCCGGUCCACCGCUCAGAAUUUCUUCUGGAGGGAGACGGCUACCAUCUCCUCUAGCAAGAGAAAAUUUAUAAUCGAGUGCCGGGGCAGCCGGAAGAAAUACAACUUUAUCACAGAGAGGUCCAGGAUAGCCAAGUACUUGUGUAACCUCUGUUCUGCCCAGCACAAGUUUAACAAUGAGAUGAGCUCCCGGCAGCUAAGCCACAGCCUGGUCUCAGGUAAGGUUUGGCGGCGUAGACGUCCGCUGCCGGACUUCCUUUGUAGUUUCAUUGCACAGGACAACAUUGUGAAGUACGCAGCUGUGUGCCGCGCUCAGAGCAGCCAGCUCAAGUCCAUUUCGUGUUCCGAGACGCCCCAGGACGACAGCGGCCUGACCACGCCACAGGAAGAGUCGCUGAUCAAGCUGUGUGACGACGUCGCAGCCAGAAUCGAGGCCCGUCAGCACCUGCUCCAGCAGCCAGCGCAGCAGCACAGGUUUACGCUCUCCAUCCUGUUCCCAGAGGAGCGGGUCGGAGGCCCAUUCCGGAUCCCCAGCAGCCCGAGGCACAGCGUCUUCACACUUACAGCCCAACUACAUGUGCUUGUGUGCUUCUGCUCUAGUCAGCCAGUAGUUUCCCCUUCAAGAGAAUUUCGUGUCUCCUCACUCAUUCAGAGCGAUUUCUCCUUUUGGCUAAUGGUUGGUCGUAUCACUCGUCCAACAGAAACGCCGCCUAAACUGGGCACUCCUUCGGAGAGGGAAGUCAUCUGUGUUUCACUGAAGAAAGACCCAAAACUAGGCUUGGGUAUAGUUAUAGUUGGAGAGGACACAAUAGGCCGCUAUGACUUGGGCAUUUUUAUCGCCUCCAUUGUGCCUGGAGGACCUGCAGACAAGGACGGACGCAUCAGACCAGGGGGUCGCCUGAUAUCCCUGAACCACGUCAGCCUGGAGGGCGUCACUUUUAGCGAGGCAGGAGAGGUCAUGGAGGGCAGCCCUGAGGAAGUGCAGCUCAUCGUCUCUCAGCCUAAAGUCCCACUAAGUCCCACCAGCGUUCGCUCUCCUGUGUUGAGAAAAUAUGGGUCCCAGACUACGCUGAUCACAGACGGACGUUCAGGAGACGAUAGCCUGGAUGAGAUCGUCUCCGUCAUGAUGACACCAAAGGCCUCCAACAGGCUGCACGUCCCACGAGACGUUCGAGCCCUCAGUACCCAGGACGGCUGCCCUAUACCUCCAUCUCUGAACUGUGUGGGGUCAGAGGAGAUCUCUGUGGAGCUCAGGAAGAUCUCUGGAAAUCUGGGCAUCAGCAUCUCUGGUGCAGCAAACACUAACAUUCAAAACGGGGGAAUCUACAUCAAGAGCCUCGUUCCCGGAGGGGCAGCAGAGAGAGACGGACGUUUACACACAGGUGAUAGAAUUUUGGAGGUUGAUGGGAUUAACUUUCAUGGCUUCACCUACCAGCAGGCCGUGGAGUGUCUGGGUAAAACCGGGGAGGUGGUCUACUUUGUUGUGAGACGGGAGUCAGUCAACCUGCCUAAGGUUUCUGUGAUUGCUGAUGCAGACAGUCCGGUGUCCAAUCAAAGAGUUCGUCAAACCACCAGCCAUCUGAGACUCAACAGUUCGUCAUCCCUCAGCUCUCCCACAAGCACGAGGUCUGACCGUUCCAGAGACUACAGCUUCGUCACUGAUGAAAAUGUUAAGGAGGUGACUCUGACCAAAGACGUCAAUGGUCUGGGAUUUAGCUUCCUGAUGUGUGAGCUGGACCCACCCACCAAGGCCUUCAGCAGCCUGGUCCGGGUAAAGCAGCUCUUCCCUGGCCAGCCUGCGGAGCAAAGCGGCAGAAUUCAGGAGGGCGAUGUCCUGCUGGCUAUCAACGGCCAGUCGCUGAAGGAGCUGUCCUAUCCAAAAGUGCUAAAGCUGUUCAAGAAUUCCCCAGCUGAAGUGAGGCUAACUCUCUGUCGGCCGUCGCCAGGGAUUCUCCCUUCCAUGGACCAUUUCAGCGGCACCUGAUCCACCUUUUGAGCUUUUCACUAGCACUGGCGUUUUGAAGCAACAUCAUGCUUUCAGAUGAUGCAGGAGGUGGUGAUGGAUACUGAAGGCUUGCAGUUGUUCUGACCUGUUAGCAGAAUGCUGUUGGCACUGUGAAAAGUGAGAAUAGCAGAGGACAGAAAACUGAGUCAGAGAGUUUUCUGCCAGGUGCCAAUACAACCUAGAACCUCACAGUGUGUCUGAGGAUAGAGGAACCUGAUCCCAGGAAACAUCAUGACUGAAAGAAGAAGAAGUUCAACACAGAAGUUUCCACCAAUAGAAGAAGAAAACUGAAGUGACGAGAACAAAACAUUGUUUAAAACAUUGCUUUAUUGGGCUUACAUUAUGUAACCAAAUAAAAAUAAAAGCUACUGAACUGAG